AUGGACGCCGAUCCCCCGCCUUUCUUCUCCUCCUCCUCCCCUUCCUCCUCUUCCUGGGACUGGAAGGGCAGCGGCGGCGUCGGCGGCGGCUCCCUGGAGCUGUGCCAGAGCUCGCCGGCGCCAAGCCUCUCCCCGUCGCCGUCCUUCGACUCGUACGCCUCUUCGCCUUAUCCCCUGCUGGUGGACGUGCCCUGCGGUCCCGGCGACGGGAGCGAAGCCGGGAGCAGCCUGGCAGGGUACCCGCUCGGGGAGUUCCCCUCCGUUUAUCUUUCGCGGGCCGGGCAGGGCCAAAGUCACAAAGGGCCCAAAGGGCGGAUGUCGGUGCAGCGGAGGCGAAAGGCCAGCGAGCGGGAGAAGCUCCGCAUGAGGACGCUGGCCGAAGCCUUGCACACGCUGCGCAAUUACCUGCCGCCCGUGUACACGCAGCGGGGACAGCCGCUCACCAAGAUACAGACGCUGAAAUACACCAUCAAGUACAUCGGAGAACUCACGGAUUUGCUCAACACCGUCAAGCAAGGACAAAUGCCUUGA